UCCCAGGCCCUCUCCGUGCUGCGUUGAAACGCAUUAUGCUUGCUGACAUCUUUGAUGGACGGCAGUUCCUAUUGUCAAACCCCAUUUCCCUUUUCCCUUUUCCCUUUUCCCUUUUCACUUUUCCCACCCACGUGUUUCAUUUCCCUCUUUUCCUUUCCUCAAAGACUUCCACUUCAAUCAUUAACCUCAGAAAGGGGUAAAGAUCCAUUGAUUAACUAUGGUGGUUUGGAGCCGUGCACUGGUAAGAUGGCGAUGUAGAGCCACCAAUUUAAGCCGGAGUUUUUGUGAAAAAUUACCUCCAGCGGAAGCUAAGGGCAGAAAUGUUCAGUGGGUGUUCCUGGGCUGCCCUGGUGUGGGAAAAGGAACGUAUGCAGCUCGACUUUCUAAGCUUCUUGGCGUACCCCACAUAGCCACGGGUGAUCUCGUCCGGCAACAACUCUCCUCUCAUGGACCUCUUGCCUCAAAGCUUGUGGAUAUUGUUAGCCAAGGGCAAUUAAUUUCAGAUGAAAUUGUAAUAGAUUUGCUAUCUAAGCGUCUUGAAGCUGGAGAAGCAAAGGGUGAAACAGGAUUUAUUCUUGAUGGAUUUCCUCGAACUAUACGUCAGGCGGAAAUCUUAGAGGGAGUGAUGGACAUUGACCUGGUGAUUAAUCUGAAGCUUCGGGAAGAUGUGUUGAUUGCCAAGUGCUUAGGAAGGAGGACUUGUAGCGAGUGUGGAGGCAAUUACAAUGUUGCGUGCAUUGAUAUGAGGAAUGAUGAUGGCGAAACUAGAAUGUACAUGCCUCCUCUUCUCCCUCCUCCACAUUGUGAAACCAAACUUAUUACACGGUCUGAUGACACUGAAAAUGUUGUGAAGGAACGCCUCCGCAUCUACCAUGAAAUGAGCCAACCAGUGGAGGACUUUUACCGCAAGCGGGGGAAGCUGUUGGAGUUUGAUCUCCCUGGAGGAAUUCCAGAGUCAUGGCCAAAGUUGCUUCAGGCUUUGAAUAUCUAUGAUGACGAGGAUAAGAAAUCUGCAGCAGCAUGAUAGGAUUACUUGUCUUGUCAGUGUGUUUACUAUUGUUGUAGGUUCAUUCUUUGCAUGCAUGUUGGAGGUGCGCGGGCGUCUAUUCGCUUUAAAAGCACGAUAAUGGGGCUCCCUACCCGUUUUUCUUUUCAUCCUCACUAUUGUAUUAUUAUGCUAAAGCAACUAGUACAUUUGUAUGGAGUAUUUCUUGUCCAAGUUUGUUCAUAAAGGGACGCAAACCAUGUAUUUCAUUAAAUAUUGAUGAUAUUGUUGGGGAAUUAA